GAUGUUGUAGGAAAAAUUCGCAGGGAGAUUCAGAACCUCAAACUCUUCAGACAUCCUCAUAUAAUUAAGCUUUGCCUUUUCUGUAACUAGAAAAAUGAACUGACUGAAGAGAAGUAUGGUUGCAUCUUCCAAGAGAUGUGGACUGGCUUAUUUUCAGAGAUCAUGAGAGGUUUAUCUUCCAGCAUUUUUCACAGUCUCUCUACCCAAAAAGUGGAAAUCACUGUGGUAAUUUCAACUAUGAACUGUUGUUCAUGAUUGCCUGAAGUAUACAGCUUAUUGUUUUCACAACUAUAGGGAAAAUCACGAAAGGUAAUGUUAGAAGUGAGGUUGCACUGUAAUUUCUUUCUAAAAGAUUAAAAUAUAAUUUCCUUUGUAGUGAGACUUCAAAAUUUCUUGGUGGGGGAAUAUAAAUUUUCUGCUAGUCUUCACAACAGCAGCCUCCCUAAAUAAAAAGUGAGGAAACAGCUGAUGAGAAAUUGUUAUGGCAGUGAUUGUAAACUGACUGAUAAAACCAGUACUGUGGGAAGUGUUACACAGAAAUAUAUUUUAAAGUGCUUAAACAGGUGCAACCUCUCAUACUGAGUACUUAAACUAAUAGAUACUUUUCUGUAUCAGGUACCAGGUCAUCAGUACCCCAACUGACAUUUUCAUGGUGAUGGAGUACGUUUCAGGAGGAGAGCUGUUUGAUUAUAUCUGUAAAAAUGGAAGGCUUGAUGAGAAGGAAAGUAGACGUCUGUUCCAACAGAUCCUUUCUGGUGUGGAUUACUGUCACAGGCACAUGGUAGUUCACAGAGAUCUAAAGCCUGAAAACGUGUUGCUUGAUGCACACAUGAAUGCCAAGAUAGCUGACUUUGGUCUAUCAAAUAUGAUGUCUGAUGGAGAAUUUUUAAGAACGAGCUGUGGUUCCCCUAACUAUGCUGCACCAGAAGUAAUUUCAGGAAGGUUAUAUGCAGGUCCAGAAGUAGAUAUUUGGAGCAGUGGGGUUAUUCUCUAUGCACUGUUAUGUGGAACACUUCCCUUUGAUGAUGAUCACGUGCCAACACUUUUUAAGAAGAUAUGCGAUGGUAUCUUUUAUACCCCUCAGUACCUGAAUCCAUCUGUCAUUAGUCUUCUGAAACAUAUGCUGCAAGUGGAUCCAAUGAAGAGAGCAACAAUCCGAGACAUUAGAGAACACGAAUGGUUUAAGCAGGACCUUCCCAAAUACUUGUUUCCCGAAGACCCUUCAUAUAGUUCUACCAUGAUUGAUGAUGAAGCCUUAAAAGAAGUAUGUGAGAAGUUUGAAUGUACCGAGGAGGAAGUGCUAAGUUGUCUGUAUAGCCGAAAUCAUCAGGAUCCUUUAGCAGUUGCUUAUCACCUCAUUAUAGAUAAUAGAAGAAUAAUGAACGAGGCCAAAGACUUCUACCUGGCUACAAGCCCGCCAGAUUCUUUUCUUGAUGAUCACCAUCUGUCUCGCCCUCAUCCAGAGAGAGUGCCAUUCUUAGUAGCUGAAGCACCACGGCCUCGCCAUACUCUUGAUGAGCUGAAUCCACAGAAGUCAAAACACCAAGGUGUGAGAAGAGCAAAGUGGCACUUGGGGAUACGGAGUCAGAGUCGACCAAAUGAUAUAAUGGCUGAAGUCUGUCGAGCAAUUAAGCAGCUGGAUUAUGAAUGGAAGGUUGUAAAUCCAUACUACUUGCGUGUUCGAAGGAAGAAUCCAGUGACAAGUGCAUAUUCUAAAAUGAGUUUACAACUGUAUCAGGUGGACAGCAGAACAUACUUACUGGACUUCCGUAGCAUUGAUGAUGAAAUUAUUGAAGCAAAGUCUGGGACUGCAACUCCACAGAGAUCUGGUUCUGUGAGCAACUACAGAUCUUGUCAGAAAGAUUCAGAUGGUGAUGCACAAGGAAAAUCUAAUGAUACAUCCCUCACCUCAUCAAUGACCUCUUCACUUGAUUCUUCGACAGCUGACUUAACUCCAAGACCAGGCAGUCAUACAAUAGAAUUUUUUGAGAUGUGUGCAAAUCUUAUUAAAAUACUUGCACAAUAACUUUGAAGGAGGGCUUAUUUCUUUUACAGCAAUAAGCAUGCAUAAAUCUUAGUCAGAUGCUUCCAGUUGUAAUCAAUUUAAAUUAACAAAGGCGCUGAAAAAAAUACCUGCAAAAUGCAAUUUACCUAGGGACUGAAGUGAUUAUGAGCAGUUAGGUAUAUUGCUUUGAAGCUGGAGUGAAUUCUGAUUUUCUGCUAUUCAGUAACUUAAUACAGGUACAGGAAAUCACACGCCCCUUGGGCAGUGCUUGUAACAUUUUCAGUGAGUGCACAUUAGUAUUUAUAUAACAUUUACAUUACACAGUCGUUUUUAUCCUUCUUGUUGGUGAUGCA